GUCAAAGCUGGUACCCCCUUCGCCAAGAAGCUGAAUGGGAUGCCUUUGAGCCGGCUUUCGCCUAAGAUGCUGGGAGACCUCGGAUAUUUGCUGCAUGACCCUUACGAGGCAAGCCUGCGUCACAGCAUGCAGCAGGCUGAAGUGAUAUCCGCGGACAGACUGUCUGCGCUACGUCCACAGCAGGCAUACUUGCUGCCAUACUUCCGUCGCGAUUAUAAGAAGCUCGCACUGAAGCUGCAGCUAUCAGAGGCCCAGCCUCGUGCGGCCCACGCCGGAGUAGUCUCAACAAGGGAUCCGGCAACUGGUGCUCAGAUCUACUUGGCGGACCGAAUGAAAAGCCAGGGCCUGCUUCCAAGCGCUGAGCGCGCUGAUCCGCAUCCCCUGCGUCGCAUCGAGAAGGCAAACCCAGGAGAGUCUUGCACCAACAUGUGUGCGCGGAUUGGAAUGCACUGCGAAGACUUGGAGCUGGAGUUCAUCAACAGAUUCGGAAGAAGUCAGGAGAUACCGUGUUACGUGCACGACGCCAACAAAGACACGGGCAAGCAGUGUCUUGUCACGGACCGGGCUUUCUUUGCAUUGUCUGGUGCACCAGAUGGUCUGGCCCACGUGUUGCCUCGCGCUGCCUGCCAGAUGUUGAAGCCACAAAUGUUCAAGUCAGAUGAGUUGCACACGCAAUCGGAAUCACGGAAGCCUGCUAGCAGAGAGGGAUGCAGGCAUCGACCAAGCGGAUGGGCGCAGACAUUGAGCGAAGUAGUGCUUGAGAAGGAGGCCGUUGUAGCCCCAGAACGUGCACGAGAAGUAGUCUGGGAAGAGGCUGCAGACGCAGCGGUUGGUGCACUUGAAGAAGCAAAUGCGUCAACCAUUUUGAUGCCGAGUGGCGCCGGAGAGCUGCAAGUUGGCCUAAAAGUUCUUCAAAAGUUCCUAGCUAUCUCGCAGAGCUUGCCUUUCUUUCGUGCAGCAGUCGCUGUUCCAAACCCUUUAGUGCAAGAAGCAGGCCAACUCUACAGUGAGCACUUUCCAGGCAUCACCGUGCUCGACUUAUCAGAUAGCUUGGUGAGCAAGCGGGUGGUCAUACAAAGCCUGAAGUCGAAUAGCUCUGUUGUACUGCUCUGCCCUUACGGCCGCAUGAUGAAGUUGGGCUUGGCUCUGCUGGAGUCCAAGAUCAAAAAGCCUCUUGACAUCAUGACUUUCGCGACUGCACACAUCCUUCGGGCAGGGGGCUUUCAUGCGCUGGGUGCGCAGGAUGACCUUAUUCCUGCACGCAGACGCGUGUUCCUGUCCAGCAGGCAUCUUUUCGGAAUAGCUCCAGGGGCCCUCCUGGCUCCUGGUCAGGAGCCAGGCUUUCCCGAAGAGGCACCUCAAAGCAAGUUUGGCCCAGAGGUUUACCGCCUGACCCAUGAGGAUGCUGAGCAGCGAGGUAUGACCGUUCCAAUCGGCCUUCAGAUCAUUUCCUCCACUAACGUCACGGAUGUCGCGCAAGAGCUCGCAGACUUGCAUUCUGAGCUGGGGAUCCACUCGGUGCAUGUUGUGCCGGAGCAGCCUCGACUCACGGCAGUGCUUGCCAGGCUACUGGCGGAGAAGACGGAGGGCGAGUGCCUGGUCACCACAGGAAAUAACCUCUCGGAUCCAUCCGUGGAUGCCCUCCUGGUAGCAGGGACGGCGCCCAACUACGUCCACUUAGCACAGGAGUUUCCACGUUUGGCACGAUGGAGACAAGGCAAAGCCAAGGGUUCCAUUAUCGUGGCAGGUGCAGCAAAGAACCAUGCCUCUGCUGCAUGGAUGGCCUUUGCCAUAGAAGAUCAGCGAGCAGAGGAGGCCCUCCAGCAAACUUCCGUGGAGUUUGGCCGCAAGGACCGGCGUUUGAAAUGGGACGAGUUGCCCUUUGCGCUUCGAAGUCUGGUCAACAAGGGAAAUGCGCGGAGACAAGCUGAGAUUGCCAUUGCCCGUGGUGUGGAGACCUUGGGAGACCCGUGGGACAUGUGGCUGGGUCGGCUUCUGGCGUAUAAAGACCGGCACAACAACGUCAAUGUCCGAUUUCUUGCUACGCAGUUUGGACACGAACUGGGAGCAUGGGUGCAGAAGCAACGGGAGCAGUGGGAAAGCGGCGCAUUGAAGGACCGGAAGGUGGCACGCUUGAAAGGUCUCGGAGUCAUGCUAGACCCCGACUCCGAAACGUUUGCCCAAGGCUUGUCCGAGCUUCGGAUGUACGUGUCUCGACACCGGAAGCGUACCGUGCCUGCCUUCCAUGUCACCACCUCUGGCUUCAAGCUCGGUGAGUGGGUUCUGGACCAGCGGACGAAGCAGCGAAGAGGGAAAUUGAGCUUGCAGCGGCAGCAGCUGCUUAGGGAAGCUUUCUUCCUCUGGCAGCCUGCUGAGGCGCCUUCGUUUAUGUUCACACACCCGGAUGAUGAGGAGGCCGCAGAGAUCACCCGCGCAAUAGAGGCCGAACUGCGUGGCCAACGAUGGCAGCCCAUCUCCCAGAGAAGGACUAUCUUCCGCUCCUUUGUGCUGAGGCACCACCCAGACAUCUCUGACUCGAAGUACGCGAACGACGCGAUUAGAUUCCUGUCCGAGGUCAAAGACUGGUUCUUGGCAG